AUUUUAUGUUCCGUUUUACUCUGUGUCGUGUCUAAUUUUAACUUCAGUAGGUACGUUAAUUCUGUGGAGUUGGAUUUGAAAAUAGGUCGAUAGAUUAAGAGCUUAACUAUCCCGGCAAAUGCUUCCUUAAGCCCCUACAUUAGAAGGUCAUUUCUUUAGCCAGACUGCAGAGCAUCAGCUAGCUAGCAAAUUGUACAGUCGUUGAGCAGCAGGUUCAUUCAGCAAACAAACAUGGAGUGGGCUAAUCAAUUAUGCGAGAACCGACAAUUUGGAUCCAAGAUGACGGACUCCAAGUAUUUCACCACUACAAAGAAAGGAGAGAUCUUUGAGCUGAAAGCAGAGCUGAACAGCGAUAAGAAGGAGAAGAAGAAGGAGGCUGUGAAGAAGGUCAUUGCCUCCAUGACCGUUGGGAAAGAUGUCAGUGCCCUGUUUCCAGAUGUGGUGAACUGCAUGCAGACUGACAACCUGGAGCUGAAGAAGCUAGUCUACCUGUACCUGAUGAACUAUGCCAAGAGCCAGCCCGACAUGGCCAUCAUGGCUGUCAAUACCUUCGUCAAGGACUGUGAGGACCCUAACCCCCUGAUCCGGGCCCUGGCUGUGCGCACUAUGGGCUGCAUCCGUGUGGACAAGAUCACUGAGUACCUGUGUGAGCCUCUGAGGAAGUGUCUGAAGGACGAGGACCCCUACGUGAGGAAGACUGCAGCUGUGUGUGUGGCCAAACUCCAUGACAUCAACGCCCAGCUGGUGGAGGACCAGGGCUUCCUGGACACCCUCAAGGACCUUAUCUCUGACUCCAACCCUAUGGUGGUUGCGAAUGCUGUGGCAGCCCUGUCUGAGAUUGCAGAGUCCCACCCCAACAGCAACCUGCUGGACCUGAACCCCCAGUCCAUCAACAAGCUGCUGACGGCCCUCAACGAGUGCACCGAGUGGGGUCAGAUCUUCAUUCUGGACUGCCUGGCCAACUACACCCCUCGCGACGACCGCGAGUCCCAGAGUAUCUGUGAGCGGGUGACCCCCCGUCUGUCCCAUGCCAACUCUGCGGUGGUGCUGUCGGCGGUCAAGGUGCUGAUGAAGUUCAUGGAGAUGCUUCCUAAGGACCUGGACUACUAUGGCACCCUGCUGAAGAAGCUGGCCCCGCCCCUGGUCACCCUGCUGUCUGCAGAGCCUGAGCUGCAGUACGUGGCCCUGAGGAAUAUCAACCUCAUCGUACAGAAACGCCCAGAGAUUCUGAAGCAUGAGAUGAAGGUGUUCUUUGUGAAGUACAACGACCCCAUCUACGUCAAGCUGGAGAAACUGGACAUAAUGAUCCGCCUGGCAUCUCAAGCUAACAUCGCCCAGGUGCUGGCGGAGCUGAAGGAGUAUGCCACUGAGGUGGAUGUGGACUUUGUGCGGAAGGCAGUCCGAGCCAUCGGCCGCUGUGCCAUCAAAGUGGAGCAAUCAGCGGAGCGCUGUGUGAGCACCCUGCUGGACCUCAUCCAGACCAAGGUCAACUAUGUGGUGCAGGAGGCCAUCGUGGUCAUCAAGGACAUCUUCCGCAAGUACCCCAACAAGUAUGAGAGUGUGAUCGCCACGCUGUGUGAGAACCUGGACUCCCUGGAUGAGCCGGAGGCGCGGGCAGCCAUGAUCUGGAUCGUAGGAGAGUAUGCUGAGAGGAUCGACAACGCUGACGAACUGCUGGAGAGCUUCCUGGAGGGCUUCCACGACGAGAGCACCCAGGUGCAACUGCAGCUGCUGACAGCCAUAGUGAAGCUGUUCCUGAAGAAACCCACUGAGACCCAGGAGCUGGUGCAGCAGGUGCUGAGCCUGGCCACACAGGACUCUGACAACCCGGACCUGCGAGACCGUGGCUACAUCUACUGGCGUCUGCUCUCCACUGACCCUGUGGCUGCCAAGGAGGUGGUGCUGGCCGAGAAGCCUCUGAUCUCGGAGGAGACGGACCUGAUUGAGCCCACCCUGCUGGAGGAGCUCAUCUGCCACAUCGGCACGCUGGCGUCCGUCUACCACAAGCCUCCCAGCGCCUUCGUGGAGGGCAGCCGCGGUGUGAUGCACAAAAGGCUCCCCGCCCGCACUGGAUCAGGAGAGGGUACGGAGAGCCCAGACGUGGGCAAUGCUGCUGGGGGCUCUGCCGCUGAAGCUGCCCCCUCUAUCAUCCCCUCCCAGGGAGACCUCCUGGGGGACCUUCUCAACCUGGACCUGGCACCCCCCACCACCACUGGCCCCCCACCCCCCACCUCCGGCAUGCAGAUGGGGGGCAUGGAUCUCCUUGGUGGAGGUCUGGACAGCCUGAUGGAUGAGUCUGAACCGCUUGGAGGAGAUAUUGGUGGGAGUCCUGCGAUGGGGUCUGGUUUUGGCGCGGCUCCCGCUGUGAUGCCAGCCUCUCUAAACGCUCCUGUGGGAGGCGGCCUUGGAGACCUCUUUGACUUUGGAGGGGGGGUUGGCAUGCCGAUGGGAGCAUACAUUCCGCCCAAGACAGUGUGGCUCCCAGCCAUGAAGGCUAAAGGUCUGGAGAUCUCUGGGACCUUCGCCCGGCGUGCUGGAGUCAUCCAGAUGGAGCUGGUCCUCACCAACAAGGCCAUGAGCGUCAUGACUGACUUCGCCAUCCAAUUCAACAGGAACAGUUUUGGACUGGCCCCUGCCGGCCCACUCCAGGUCCUCACCCCUCUCGGCCCAAACCAGACCAUUGAAGUCAGCCUCCCCCUCAGCACUGUUGGGCCAGUCAUGAAGAUGGACCCUCUCAACAACCUGCAGGUGGCUGUGAAGAACAACAUUGAUGUCUUCUACUUCAGCUGCCAAUACCCCAUCAGCAUGCUGUUUGUGGAAGAUGGAAAGAUGGAGCGACAGGUGUUCCUGGCCACAUGGAAAGACAUUCCUAACGACAACGAGUCUCAGUUCCAGAUCCAAGACUGUCAUCUCAACUCAGAUGCGGCCAGCAACAAGCUGCAGGGCAGUAACAUCUUCACCAUAGCCAAGCGCACGGUGGAGGGCCAGGAUAUGCUUUACAUGUCCAUCAAACUGUCCAACGGCAUCUGGGUGCUGGCUGAGCUGAAGGUGCAGGCUGGAAACCCCAACUACACGAUCUCUCUGAAGUGCAGAGCCCCAGAGGUUUCCCAGUGUGUGUUCCAGUGCUACGAGGCAGUGCUGAAGAACUGAACCCCUGACAGGGCUGAAGUAGGGGGGAAUCCUGAGGCAUGGGGACUGGCCCUGACUGGAGGGAGCUCCUGGACCCCCCCCGACCCUCUCCUCCUGACCGUCAGAAGGCCCUUUUCUUUGUAGAAUCUCCAACCCUGCUGGCUGUGUGCCCUCCCUGGGGACCCUGGUUUCUGUUUGUUCUCUCUGUCACCCAAGCAUUUACCCUCCUCCACUCUACAAGUCCUUAUCUGAUUCAAACUAUGUCCAUUUUUAAAACUGCUGAGGUCUCUGGCCCACAUGAUCCCAAAGCUUUCUAUAGACCCAUUUUUUUUCACUCAGGUCAAUAGUUUGCACUGGCCUUUGACUUCACCUUCACCUGUAGUUGUAUAUGGGUGGGUGUUUCCCAUAUCCCACCCAGUCUAGUCUGUUUUCAAUGAGACAUCACCACCCAGUCAGAUCUCCCCUUAUAUGAUGGCUUAACCCCAGUUCAACCCCUGCUGCUCUGAUCCAGUCCACCCUCCUCCAAUGAGCCUCUAGUCUGAGGGACACCUGGGAGAUGUGUUCAGACCGUGCUGUUAGAGGAGGAGGCUGUGAUGCGAUUCUUGCUCGUUGUGACUGUUUCUCCGUAUCUCCCCCCGAUGCCUCUUCUCAUGAUUAUCUCGCCUCGCAUCUCUGCAAAUUAGUACCUAUAUUUAGUGUGUGUGUAAUUAGCAGUUCAAUCUCCACUGUCAGCAUACCUCAGUGCUUCACAUUAAAAUGUGACAGUACAGACUGUUUUUCCACAUCUCGGCGCUGUGAAACACCUGCUGGGUUGCUUUUCUGUCACCUCACAACUUCCUCUCAAUGUCUCCACACACAUGCUCUCUCAGACACGUUCCUCCUUUUUGUUUUAAAGGGAAUUUCAUGUCCCAGCUAGUAAAAGACACUAAAUGGUCCACGUGUGUUUAGUUUGUUGUUGGCUCAUGCCGUUGGUGUGCCCACUGGGGUUGGCUUUUUUUGUUGUUGUACAGAACCUCUGCUGUUUCUCGCUCUCUCACUAUCAUGUGUGUGUGCAUGUAUUUGUGUGUUGGGGUGCCUGUGUGCUAUUUGUUAUUUCCGAGGGUUGGAGCAAUGUAUAAUCAUCACUACUAUAUACAAUACCUGUCUCUCCUUAUUCCAUGAUCUAUUCCUGGCUUUGUUUGUAGUGUAAUUAGAUGUUUAACUCUGGGUAGGCUAGCGAGGGCCACAGAGGUUUGGGGAUGUUCCUGCGUUGUGCUCUGUCAAUCAGUGUUCUAUGGGCUCUGCCACUUUGUUGCCUUCUCCCUUCUUAGCUGGUCAUGUACCUCUGCCACCUGUCAUAAAGUGGCUUCAAACCACCUGUAUGUUCUGUACUUUACCUGUAUAGGAAACUAACUGUAUAGGUAGCACACAUCAUGAAGUCUUUUUUGAAUGAAGAAAAUCAGAACAACUCAACUUCACCAUUUCUUGUUUUUACCUAGUAUCUCUUUGGGGAAAUAAUUGGAUAUUUAAACUUUUGAGUAAUUCAAUCAGAACCCUCUGGACCAGCUCCAAAGAGGGAACUCACUAUUUUACUGCAUGGAGUUACAUCUGUCUGUGUCUGUCUGUCCUGUGUCUGUCUCUGUGUCUCUCUGUCUCUGUGUCUGUCUGUCUCUGUGUCUGUCUGUCUGUCUGUCGUGUGUGUGUGUGUGUGUGUGUGUGUGUGUGUGUGUGUGUGUGUGUGUGUGUGUGUGUGUGGCAAAAAGCUGACGUGUGUGUGAUAAGCUGUAAAAUAGCUGAGAAAUCAAUGUUUUUUUGAUUGACUGUACAUCAUUUGAAACAGAACUAUUAAAAAUCAGAUAUAUUCACAAA